UCAUUGAUUGUCUCUUUAGUUUAAAAAGGUAUUUUAAUCAUUAUAACUAUUUUUUCUAACCAUAUCACAUACCCACCGUAUGUUAUCCUAUCGUUUCCCUUUUCCUUUCCCACGCUACAUCCAAACGCCACCUAAAUAGUAACACCGUUCGACAGUCACCAUCAUCCACCCUCCGUUUUCUCCCCCUCCUCACUCCACGUCUCCUCCACCCCUCCGGCCUCCCGCUCUCCUCACUCCCGCACCGACACUCCCCUCCGCCGCCAUGGACCACGAUCCCUCCGUCUCCGACGAGGACGACGACCUCGAGACCCUCGUUCCCCAGAACCACACUAAGCCGCCCUCCCCCUCCUCCCGCACCCGCUCGCCGGCCUCCUCCUUCGGCAUCGCCGCCCUCCGCCCCGCGCUCCCUUCCUCCGCCGCCUCCCUCGGCCGCGUCCUCUGGUCCCGCCGCUACCUCCUACUCUUCGUGUCCCUCCCGCUCCUCUUCCUCAUCCUCUUCGUCUCCCUCGGAGGCGCCUCCUCCCUUCGCCUACCGGCCUCCAUCCGCCUCCCCUCCGCCGCACCCGCUGCCGACCCCGCCGCCUCCCGCAUGCGCGAGGCCGAGCUGCACGCACUCUACCUCCUCCGCUCCCAGCGCUCCGGCCUCCUCAGCCUCUUAAACCGCACCGCGUCCCCCGUCCCUACCAACGGCUCCGCCUCCACCCCAAUCUCGCUCUCCGAUCUCCAGUCCGCGCUGCUGAGCCAGAUCAAGAUCAACCGCGAGAUCCAGGCGGCGCUCCUCUCCACGCACCGCUCCGGGCCCGGCAAUGCGACCGAGGACGGCCUGGAUCUCGAUUUUCCUGUUGCCGGGUGCAGGAGGAAGGAAUUGCCGGCCAACCGGAGGACGAUUGAGUGGAAUCCCAAGAAAGACCGGUUCCUGUUCGCCAUCUGCCUCUCUGGGCAAAUGUCGAACCACUUGAUUUGCUUGGAGAAGCACAUGUUCAUGGCAGCGCUUCUCGGCCGGAUCUUGGUGGUGCCCAGCCAGAAGGUGGAUUACCAGUACGAUCGGGUGCUUGAUAUCAACCACAUUAACGACUGCAUUGGGAAAAAGGUUGUAAUGUCCUAUGAGGAGUUUACAGAGAAGAGGAAGAAAGUGAGCAUUGAUCAGUUCAUAUGUUACGCAGCGUCGCCACCGUGUUUCCUUGAUGAGGAGCAUAUUAAGAGGUUGAAGGGGUCGGGGGUUUCACUGGGCAAGAUCGAGGUGGCUUGGCCAGAGGAUGCGAAGCUGAAGGAGCAAAAGAAGAGAUAUGUGGGGGAUAUUACGCCAAAGUUUACGACAGAUGCUGAGGUUCUUGCAAUUGGUGACAUGUUCUAUGCUGAUGUCGAGGAUGAGUGGGUGAAUCAGCCUGGCGGUCCGUUAGCUCACAAAUGCAAGAUUUUGAUCCAUCCAAGCAGGCUCAUAAUGCUCACUGCUCAGCGUUUUGUCCAGACUUUUUUGGGGGGAAACUAUAUUGCUUUGCAUUUUCGGCGUCAUGGAUUCCUUAAGUUCUGUAAUGUCAAGAAAGAGAGUUGCUUCUUCCCCAUCCCUCAGGCAGCAGAAUGCAUUCUGCGAAUCGUUGAGAAGGCUAAUGCCCCAGUGAUAUAUUUAUCUACUGAUGCUGCGGAGAGUGAAACGAAUCUUCUGCAAUCCUUGGUUGUAUUCAAUGACAGACAGGUCCCUCUUGUGAGAAGGCCAGAGCACCACAGUUCUGAGAAAUGGGAUGCCUUGUUAUACAGAAAUCACAUGGGCGGAGAUAAUCAGGUGGAGGCGAUGCUCGACAAGACAAUUUGCGCUCUGUCGAACGUGUUCGUAGGAUCAUCAGGCUCCACCUUCACGGAGGACAUCUUCCGGCUGCGGAGGGGCUGGGGAUCGGCGUCACACUGUGACGAGUACCUUUGCCAGGGUGAGCUGCCCAACUACAUAGCAGAGCAAGACUGAGUGAGAAAGCAAUAUACUAGGAAGACUGAUAGCUGCAUUUUUUUUUGUUCCAUGCCAUGUCGAUAUGUUCUGUAAAUUGGCGUGUACAUCUAGUGUGGAAGAGUGGUCUCUGUAUCGGUGCCCUCCAUUGAUUUGUUCGGUGUUAUUCUUACACGGUAGGUAAUUGGCGCUCUGUGCAAUAUGCUCAUU